CAAACAAUAUUCAUUAAAUUGGAGUCAGUAAACAAUUACAAUCAGAAUCUCUCUCAGAUCUCGACUUUAUUAAUACAUAAUUUGCCCUCAAACACAGAAGCUGUUGCUGUUAAACUCAUCGACACACCUGUGGAAGAAGCUUGGACGUUCUGAAGAGAGAAGAUCGACGGUGGUGAUGACGAUGGUGUUUUGGUGUACUGUGGCGGUGACUGGGGUGGUGCUGUUGUUAUACAGGUUGAUACAGGUAUAUGAAACGGUGUGGAAGAAGCCGAAAAGGAUUCGGUCAACUCUGUCAAAGCAAGGGAUUGGAGGUCCAACGCCGGCCUUCUUGUAUGGGAACGUUAAGGAGAUACAAAACAUGGAGUCUGAGUCAGCUUUAAUGGUGAAAAAGCCAGAAGAUGAAGAUGAAGAUGGGAAAAGUUCUACUGUUAAAUCAGUCUCCCACCAUCACUGGCUUCGCUCCACCUUUCCUUAUCUUCAGAGAUGGACAUUCGACUACGGGCCAAUAUACAUGUUUUCAACGGGGAGCCAGCAGCACCUGUAUUUGAGUCAACCGGAGUUAAUAAAGGAACUGAAGCUGCACAAGUCCUUGGAUUUAGGUAAACCUUCGUAUCUUUCCAAAGCACUGGAGCCCAUGUUGGGCAAUGGCAUCAUUAAGGCUAAUGGACAUCAAUGGGCCCUUCAGAGAAGACUAAUUGCUCCUGAGUUCUUCCCCCACAAAGUUAAGGGCAUGAUUGGUCUCAUGGAGGAAUGCACCAUGGCAAUGGUGAAAACAUGGGAGACUCGACUGAGUGAAAGCCAAGGAGGAGUUGCAGACUUGAUGGUUGACCAAGAUAUAAGAAGCCUUUCUGCAGAUAUCAUCUCAAGAGCUUGCUUUGGAAGCUCUUACUCCCAAGGCAAAAAUAUUUUCGCCAAGUUACGGGCCAUGCAAGAAGCCAUGUCCAAGCCAAGUUUACUCUUCGGACUUCCAAGCUUAAAGUGGUUCAGAUUCCUUCCAACAAAGAGUAACAGAGAGAUAUGGAGGUUAAAGAAAGAGGUGGAGGAGUUGAUACUGAAGGUGGUCAAAGAUCGCCAAGAAGAGAGCCAAAAGGAUACUGGUAAAUAUGGAGAAGAUCUUUUAGAAAUGAUACUUGAAAGUGCUGCAACUGAUGCUGAAUUGCACAAAAGCAAGCAUGAUACGCAUCGUUUUAUAGUGGACAAUUGCAAAAACAUCUACUUUGCCGGCUAUGAAACGACGGCUCUGUCCGCCUCCUGGACCUUGAUGCUUCUUGCACUCCACCCUGAAUGGCAAGAACGUGUUCGAGCUGAGAUAGUUCACAUCUGGGGCGAUAAGAAUCAGCAUCAGACUGACUUAGACAAACUUCACCAAUUGAAAACGCUGACAAUGGUGAUUCAAGAGAGCCUGCGUCUCUACGCCCCAUCAGUUGUCGUGGCAAGAGAAGCAUUUGCGGACAUACAGUUGGGAAAACUGACGGUGCCAAAAGGAGUACACAUGUGGAACUUAAUCCCGGCGCUGCACCGGGAUCCUGAGAACUGGGGUGCUGACGCCAAUGAGUUCAAGCCUGAGAGAUUUGCAGGAGGCAUAUCUGAAGCCUGCAAAUAUCCACAAGCUUAUGUGCCAUUCGGUUUUGGAAGUCGACUGUGCGUGGGACGAACCUUUGCAUUGAUAGAACUGAAAAUCGUGCUCUCCAUUCUUGUAUCCAACUUCUCCGUCUCCCUCUCGCCGGAAUAUCGCCACUCUCCAGUGUAUAAAAUGCUGUUAAUGCCUGAACAUGGCAUGAGACUACUGGUGAACAAAGUGUAGAUUCAUGCUAGUGUUCAGUAUUUCAAUUAUAAGGUGGUUGUUUGUACAUAAUCAGACAGAUUCAAAUUAAGUUUGCUUUUGAUUAAUUCGAUUAGCUUGUUAACUC